AUGGGGAGCAGCAGUAAUAGCAUUAAACUAUUUGGUGUUGUGAUCAGUACUACUAGUACUGAGAAUAAUGAUUUACGAUCAAGAAACAAGAAUAGUAAGGGAACAAGAUGGAGUGAAGAUGAACAUAAAGCAUUCUUGAUUGGAUUGGAGAAUCUUGGGAGAGGAAAUUGGGCUGCCAUUGCUAAAAAAUUUGUGCCAAGCAGAACGCAUACACAGGUUGCGAGUCAUGCCCAGAAAUAUUUUGCACGACUUGAGGCUGAAAAAGAUAACUACAACAAAGCAGUGAUCAAACGUCACAAGUCCAGUGUCUUUGAUAUUAGUAGUAAUUUGGAAGAGUCGUCCUCUACUUCACACAUUUGUUCGUCGAGAAGCGUUGUCGUUCCUUUGAAGGAAAAUAACAAUAAAGGCAAAGAACCAUUGAAUCAAGAAAGUCCAAUUUCACCAAUGCCAAUUAGCUACAAAAUUCCAGGCUUCCCUCCCAUCCCUAUGGCUUACAAUCAUUUGCAAGGGGUUUCGUUUAAUGGAAGCUAUGCCUAUGUUCCCAUGGCAAAUUAUAUGUUUGCUACACCUAAUUUUGUCUCAUCAUCUAGCAAUGCAACACCAGACCAACCUGAUCGUCCGUCCGAGGACAAUUUAGAUCUAACUCUUCAGCUAUUUUAG